GUCAAGACUAGGCGCGCGCCCCUCGCGCAUGCGCAAGCCGCUCUCCUGCCCUCCCACGUCUUUUCGCACAAUGGCGGAGCUGAGCGAGGCGAACGAAGCGGAGUUGCAGCGCCUGGUGGCGGCCGAACAACAAAAGGCACAGUUCACUGCGCAGGUGCAUCACUUCAUGGAGCUAUGUUGGGAUAAAUGUGUGGAGAAGCCAAGCAAUCGCCUAGACUCCCGCACCGAAAAUUGCCUCUCUAGCUGUGUGGACCGCUUCAUUGACACUACUCUUGCCAUCACCAGUCGGUUUGCUCAGAUUGUACAAAAAGGACAGUAGACCAGCCUGUGGGAGUGUCACAGAUGCAGCAAAGGACUUGUUAGGAAGCAGAAUGAAGGGCCACUGGGGGAAGAGUUGUCAACCCAUCCUCACAUGAGCAUCAGUCUGUUGCCAAGUGUGCUGGUGCUAAAAAGUAACAGAUCAAAUGUACAAAACAUUUAUUUAUUUGGAAUUCAGGAAUUCCAGGUUGUAACACAUCAGUUACUCAAUAAACGUGAAUUCCCCAA